CAAUUAUUUUUAAAAUGUUUGUACCAGAAUAAAUCUUUUUGUGGAUUUCGUAAGUUGGCAUAGAGGCCUCACAAGCGCGGCGGUGUGUAGCGGUGGCGGUGAUGGCAGUGUAGUGGCAGUGCAGUGUAGUUUUGUCGGUCUGCUCCUGCUGGCUGCUGCCCAUGUCGCAUUUUAAACCAUUUUAUAUGUUUUUAACUUUAAAAUUUUACUCGUGACUAAUGUGCGACGAUGGCAAAGGGAAAUCUAAGAGCCAGCGGUGGAGGAACAAGAGACUGUUUGAAAGUCGUGAGAUUGCAGCUCAUGAAUCUGAUAACGAAAGUAGUAGUGAUGACGAGUUUCAAAUUCCACAUGGAAUACUUCUACACCGACAACAAAGGCGUGAUGAAUCUUCCGAAGAUCCCAAUUCUGACUCCAAUUCAACAGCAGGUGCUAGUCCUGAUUCAAGUCGAGGAGAAGGGAGUGCAGAUUCCAAUCAACAAGAAGGGAGCGAGGGAGAUGCUGGUUCAGGGAACCCUGAAGCAGGCUCGCCAGAACAACAUUCGAGCCCACGAAACAGUUUGGAUGAUGAGCACUUGCAACAGCAUGAGGCGCAAGAAAAUAACUCAAACGCAAGUAACAACAGUGGGCGUGAUGAAGGACUUCAUGAUGGAGGCAACUCGAGUGGUAGCAGUAUUCCUGAUGAACAACACGAACAAGCAAAUAACUUUAAUUCUGAUGAUGAACACGUGAGUGACAGAAGUGCUAUUUCCGAUAACUCUGGAAGUGAACAGAAUGAUGUGUCUGAUUCUGAAGAAAGUGACCAUGAAGAGUCCAGCGCUGAUGAAGAUCCACCUCAACCCGAAGAAAUACCAUUGUAUCCAGGGGCUCCAAUAACUCUGGGUCAAAGUCUUCUAUCCAUCCUUACAUUUAGUAUAGUUCAUCAGCUGUCUGGUGCUUGUAUAGCAGAUUUACUGGGAUUAGUAACACUGCAUUGCCCUCCAGGCAACUCAUGUGUACAAUCUCUUCAUAAUUUUAGGAAGCAUUUUUCCGGUAUGGAGCCAUUUGUCAUGAAAAGGCAUUACUUUUGCUCAAGUUGUGUUUAUCCCCUAGAUGAGGAAAAUGGUAUAUGUGAUGUAUGUCACAAAGGAAAUAAUUCCUCAUAUUUUAUUGAAUUGCCUAUCAAGAAUCAGUUAGCUAAAUUGUUAGCAAGAGAAGGUUUUUAUGAAAAACUGCAGUACAGGUUCAACCGUCGUAAAAUUAAUAAUGACAAUAUUGAAGACAUUUAUGACGGGGCACUCUAUCAAGAACACUUCCUUGAAGGUGGAUUUUUGAGUAGUCCUGAUAAUGUAUCUUUUCUUGGGUAUACAGAUGGAGUCAGGGUUUUCUCCACAUCAUCCACAGAAGUGUGGCCUAUUUAUUUUCAGAUUGAUGAGCUUCCCUAUAAAGAUAGAGUGCAGAAACAAAAUGUUAUACUGGCAGGACUGUGGGUUUCAACCAAACCACCUAAACCAAAUGUUUUUCUGAAACCUUUCCAAACAGCUUUAAAUGAUUUUCAGGAAAAUGGUUACCAAUUACCUGUUCAUGGUCAAGGUGAAAGACUUUUCAAAGGCAUGCUUUUAGCGUGGACUUGUGAUCUGCCUGCAAAGGCCAAAUUUAUGCGUAUGAUUGCCCACAAUGGGUUCUAUGGCUGUAGUCGAUGUGAAACACCAGGUGAAAGCUUUGAUCUUGGAAGAAGCACAGUUCAUGUGUAUCCAUUCUCACCUCAUGUAAUUCAUCGUCAGCAUGAUGAUUUUAGAGUGUAUGCUGAUCAAGCUAAGCAACUCCGAAGAAUUGAUCCUGAUGUUAAUGUAAAAGGUGUGAAAGGACAUAGUCUACUCCACAGUAUGGUCCCUGAUAGUGUCAGAUCUGUAGCCUGUGACAUAAUGCAUGGCUGUUUUCUUGGGAUUUCCAAGUUAUUAGUUACUUUAUGGUUUGACUCUGCCCAUUCUGACCAGCCAUUUUCUCUUAAUCAUGUAGUAGAUUUAGUUGAUAGUCGCUUAACAAAAAUUUCUCCUCCAAGUCAUGUACAAAGAAUGCCUAAGGGCAUAAAAACCCAGCUGGCUUACUGGAAAGCUUUAGAGUACAAAAUGUUCUUAGUUUAUUAUUCUGUGCUGGUGUUAAAGGAUUUGAUGGACCCACAAUAUUAUGAACAUCAUUGUAUGCUUGUGUCUGGUUUGUUCCUCUUAAGUCAAGACUCUGUGUCAAAUGAUGACAAGAGGAGGGCCUCAGAGUUACUGAGAACCUAUGUUGAGAGAUUUCAGGAUUUAUAUGGGCUGCGGUGGCUUUCUUUGAAUGUGCACCUGCUUUUACACUUACAUGAAUGUGUCGAAGAUCUUGGCCCCCUUUGGGUGUUCAGCUGCUUCCCAUGGGAGGACUUAAAUGGAAAACUCAUUAAAUUAGUCCAUGGUACGAGAUAUGCAGGACUACAAAUUGCAAAAGCUGCUUCGUGUGUUAUGAACUUGCCUAUUUAUGUGAAAAAAUUACCUGAUGGUGCUGUUAAAUCUUAUUGUGAUAAUCUGCUUUAUUCUAAGAGAAAGGUUAAAGUGGCAGAAAUAAUUUCAGAAAUUGAAGAAGCUGUUGGUACAUACAAGCACUUCCACACUGUACCAUAUAGGUUACGCUUGUUACUACAAACUUCACUAGGCCUUGUUCAAGGUAAAGUUUCUCUGUUUCAAAGGCUUAAAAGGAAGGGUGUGAUGUAUUACUGCACAAGUUAUGGAAGGUCUACCAAGAAAAACUCAUCCUUCUUGCUAUAUGAAGAUGAACAGUUUUCAGGCUUCUGUGCUGUUGAUUUUUUUUUAAAGUGGACGUCUUGUAAUGACAAUUGUGUUCAAGGCUGUAGGCAAUGCAAUGCUCAGUUUCUCUUUGUAGGAACUAGGUAUGAACGUGAGAUUUGGGCUGUGCAUGACAUGGAUGAUAUUCGAUUACCAUAUUGCUCUAAGGUCCGUCCAACUGAAGACAGUGUUGUGUUACCCAUAAGUUGCAUUGCAGGGCUGUGCCAUUUUGUACAAAUUGAUAAUGAAGAAUUUAUUCUUACUGACAUAAACCGACUGGAAGUAGAAUAAAAGACUGAAUAAAUUUUU